AUGAAGCUUCAACAACUCGUCGAGUUCUGCGCACAAGUCCUCCGGGAGAGUCGAAGCCAAGAAGUUCCAUGUCAGGACCUCGAAAGUGGUCCUCCAGAGAUUCCCACUCCGAAUAACACGACGGACUCGAUGGAAGCUAUAGGAAACUAUGUUUUCAGCCACGACGAUUUCGAGGUGGAUGACGAUUUACAAAAUUCGUACUAUGAGAUACCACUGAAGUUCAAGACCGAAGUUGAUCACAUAUGGCGUUCAGUACAGACUUUCCCAGUACGGGAACUCUUCGUGUCGAAAGAAUUAUCGUCGGCCAAAUCGGUGAAAAAAAUUCGUGCUUGA